AUGGACACUGAGUUCAACGCCUUACUGCAAAACCAAACUUGGCGUCUUGUUUCCCCGCCAAAAGAAACAAAUGUAAUAGGUAGCAAAUGGGUUUUUCGCAUUAAGCGAAAAUCCGAUGGAACUAUUGACCGCUACAAGGCCCGUCUAGUGGCCAAGGGGUUUAACCAGGUUGGGUUUCGUCCGUCCAAAAUUGAUGUUUCCUUGUUUAUCUUUGACUCCGGACAAGUACGGGCCUAUGUGUUGGUCUACGUGGAUGACAUCCUCCUGCUUGGAAACAGUUCCGGUAUGGUCCAAAAUGUUAUGACUCAGCUCUCCACUACCUUUCGCAUCCGCGAUUUGGGCAAACCUCGAUUCUUUUUAGGAAUCGAGGCGACUUACACUGGAGAUGGCCUCAUGCUCUCACAACAGCGUUAUAUGCUUGAAGUCUUACGCAAGGCUGGCAUGGAGACUUGCAAACCGUUGUCAACUCCAAUGGAGCCAGCUUCUUCGACUCCUGCUGUGGGGUCUCCUCCCCUUGACGACCCAACACCGUACAGAUGUCUUGUUGGGUCUCUGAUGUAUUUACUAAUCACACGUCCAGAUCUAUCUUUCUCUGUGAAUCGCCUGUAUUCAGACUGGGCUGGCUGCUCUCUUGAUUGGAAAUCUACCGUUGGCUACGCCGUGUUUUUAGGCCCCAAUCUUGUUUCCUGGACGUCUAGGAAGCAACGCACCGUAGCACGGUCCUCUACCGAAGCUGAGUAUAAAGCCCUGGCUGACGUUGCUGCCGAGGUCACCUAG